AUGAGAAAGAUGUCAAAAGAAUACGAAAUGAGUCAAGGAUCGAUGAGAACUAUUGUCAAGGACAAGCUGAAGAUGAUUCCCUACCGUAUGCAGAAAGGAGCCUUCCUCAAUCAAAAAAACAAGACAUUGCGCAUGAAAAAGGCUCGAAAGUUGCUCGCUGGCACGAAAGAUGGCUCGCAUCUGACGACGCUAUUUACCGACGAGAAAAUCUUCACUGUGGAGCCGAACAAGAACGGCCAAAAUCAUCGGAUCAUCGCUACUGACUAUCAGAGUGCCUGUGAAAAAGGAAAAAUUCUGAAUAAAACUUCGCAUCCGGCUUCCGUGAUGGUUUUUGCCGGAAUUAUCGCUGACGGCAAAACUACGUUGAUUUUUGUGGAUCCUGGAGUCAAAGUGAACCAAGUAUACUACAGGGCGUAG